AUGAAAGGUCCCUGCAAGGAGCCUCUGAAGAACAAAGAUCAAGAGGGUGAUGCAGCAGCCACUGGGCAUCAAACAGAGGCCCUGGAGCACAAGAAUUUCUGGACCACAGGUUCACAGUCUUCUCUGGAAACAGAAGUGGUGGCAGGGCAGCUGGAAUGGGACCACACCAUUCUGCUUGGAGAACUGGUUCUGGCUACCCACUAUCUGGAGUCAUGCCAAGCUUGUGGUGUUGUGCUGGCUUCUUGUCUUCUGUGCCAAGGUAAUGCCUCAGAAAUGAAUCUGGCACAGUGGCCUGGGACCCCAGUGCUGCUGCCCUCGGAUGUGGACCUGUCAGAGAAUCAGACUGGAGCUGCAGGGCUGCAGACUACAUGUACUGGCCUGGCCUUAAACCCAGCUGUGGAGACGUUGCAAUAGGAAGGGAAUGACCUGGAGGAACAGGCUGCCCAGCACCUUGCUGCUCUCCUGAUGCUUCACACAGGCCUGAAAUCCCUAGAUCUCAGCUACCAUCAGCUCAAUGAUCUGGCAGGGGGGAUUGACCAGGCUGUGGUUUGGAAAGGAAGCAGAGACAAUAUGCCUACGGGUCGCGGCAGAACGGAUGAAGAUUCUGUUCCAAGUCCUUUUGCAAAAAGGGCUGUGGCAGGUCUCAGUGGUCAGGCAAAUAUAUUCUUGAAAGUUCUAGACAUCUCUCAUAACAGCUUUGGAGACACUGAAGCUUCUACAAUAGAUGAGGUCCUCAACAUGUUGGAAGAACUAAAUAUGAGAAACAACCAAAUCUCCAUGGCAGGAGCCCUGAAGUUGGGACUGGGUCUGCAAGUCAACCAGACACUGCGGGUUCUUACUAUUUCCAAGAACUCCAUCCAAAGUGAAGGCUGUGUCUGUCUCCUUCAGUCUGUCCAGAACAACAGACUCUCUGCCCUGGAAUUACUGGGCUUGUCUUACCACACACCGCAUCCGGGCUGCUUCGUCCCACGGCGGGCGCUCGGCAGUUUUACCUUGGUUACGCAAACAAAGCAACGGAGCCACCGCACGGCUCCAGAAACCACAACUCGAGGCGAGGAGCUCGCCGCACUCCCAACAUCCGGUGGCCCGCCAGGCCCUCUUCCGGUCCCGCCCUUUGUGGGCAGUCGCCACCGGCUACGGAGUCUCUGUGCUACCAACCUCCGCGUUGACCCACCCAUCGCGAGACUUCGGCGGCGCAGCAAUGGCAAGACCGUGAGUACUGCUGACGGGAGGCUAUAG